UAUAUUUAUUUAUUUCUUUAUUUACUGAGCUUAUUAUUUUUGGGAGAACGCAAUUUCGUUAACUUUUGUCUAAUCUUACACAUUACUUGUUCUGUUAAAAAAAAAAGUCUUGAAGAUGCAGCUGUUUUUCUUUGGUGCAGUUUUGCUUUCUUUUUAUGGUCUUGAUAAGGCUGAGCCAGGACCGAAGUGCCCAGCGCACUGUGCUGUGAGCAAAUGUCCCAGCCCCAGUUGUCCAAGCGGCUAUGUACCUGACCGGUGUAACUGCUGCCUGGUGUGUGCGCAUGGCGAGGGUGAGCCUUGCGGGCGCAAAGAUGACUUACCCUGUGGGGACGGACUGGAGUGCAAGCAACCGGCAGGCAAGCGCUUCGCAAAAGAUGUCUGUCAAUGCAAACUAGGAUACAAAGUGUGUGGCAGCGACGGCAACACUUACCGCAAUGUUUGCCAGCUGAAAUCGAUAAGCAGGAAAGCGCAACAGCAAGGACUGCCGACUAUUACCCAGGUUCAGAAAGGAGCUUGUGAAUCAGGUCCUCAACACCCCAACAGUCCAAGAUACAAGUUUAACUUCAUUGCAGAUGUCGUUGAGAAGAUUGCACCUGCAGUUGUGCAUAUUGAGCUCUUCUUAAGACAUCCACUGUUUGGGCGCAAUGUCCCUUUGUCUAGUGGUUCAGGGUUUAUUACAUCUGACACUGGCCUGAUUGUGACAAACGCCCACGUCGUAUCAAGCACAAGCACAAGCACAAGUACAGGUCGACAGCAGCUGAAAGUGCAACUACACAACGGUGAUACUUACGAGGCCACAAUCAAAGACAUUGACAAGAAGUCAGACAUAGCAACGAUAAAGGUUAACCCUCAGAAAAAGCUGCAGGUGUUGUUGCUGGGCCACUCUUCUGACCUCAGGCCUGGAGAAUUUGUUGUUGCUAUAGGAAGCCCCUUUGCUUUGCAAAACACAGUAACUACUGGCAUCGUCAGCACGGCUCAGAGAGAUGGGAAAGAGCUGGGCCUCAGGGAUUCCGAUAUGGACUACAUUCAGACAGACGCUAUUAUUAAUUAUGGGAAUUCAGGAGGCCCUCUAGUAAAUCUGGAUGGGGAGGUGAUUGGAAUAAAUACCUUAAAGGUGACUGCUGGGAUCUCAUUUGCUAUUCCUUCUGAUCGAAUCAGACGGUUCCUCAACGAGUCUCAUGACAAACACAGCAAAGAGGUUAAAGCUGUGAAGAAGCGUUUCAUUGGCAUACGAAUGUUUUCUAUUACCCCUGCCCUGGUUGAAGAACUGAAGCAAAAGAAUGCAGAUUUCCCUGAUGUCCGGAGUGGCAUCUAUGUGCAUGAAGUCGUUCCAAACUCCCCAGCUCAAAAAGGUGGAAUCAAAGAUGGGGACAUCAUUGUCAAACUAAACGGACGGCCUUUGUCGACAACCAGUGAGUUGCAGGAAGCUGUGGUAAAUGAAUCCGCGUUGCUCCUGGAGGUUCGCAGAGGGAAUGACGACUUGCUCUUCAACAUUGAACCUGACGUCAUAAUGCAGUGAAACUGGACUACAGCCAUUUAGAACUAUGAACAUGCAUCGCUGGUCCUUCAAACGAGGGUGUUUAACCUGGCCUUACUUAAGUGAGCCAAUGUGACUGGGCUGGAAGUCACUACUCCCAAUUAUUGCAGGACUGGCUACAAAUAUAGAAGCAUACUGAACCAGUGAUGAGUGAUUUAAGGUUUUGAGUAUUUUUCCCAAUUAUAUUUACAACAUUUCAUUUGUUUAAUUUAGUUGUCACUUAGAAUUUUCUUCAGCACCUUUUUUGCACACAAUACUGUAUGAAAAACAACAGGUAAUGUUUUGAGUUGAAAUAUAUCAUCUUGCUGUACUUCAGAGAGUACAGCAUAUGGAUUUCACUAUAUUCUAUAUAAAAUGACGUUGGUUCAGGAAACCUAAACUUAUGUAACAUAUAAGUUCACAUAUAAAAGUGGGCCAUAUAUACUGUAUGUAAGAGAAGACUGCGGACCAGAUGAGCAGAUGAGUUUAUCUUGGGUGAUCUACAGAAUAAUUCUUAUAGAAUUGAUGUCAUAGCAAUGUACAGAGAUCUAUGCAACAGAAACGUCACAAAAAUCAAGCUGCAUGGACUCACAGCUGCUGUAGCUCACAUUGUUAAGGCAAGCUUUUGCUGGAGAGUAUAAUACCAUUAUACCACAAUACCAAAAACGUGUACAUGUUUUUUUGUUCUGUUAGUCAACACUGCACAUUUUUUACAGAUACAUAAUUUCAUUUUUUUUUUUUUUUUUUUUUUACAAGAAAUACAAACAAAUAUCAGGUAUUUGGGACUUACCAAUUAUUCGCAAAGAAACCUUUAUAAUGAAUGCCUACUUUUGAAAAGUUUUCUUCCUUAAAGAGGACAGGACAUUGACAUCUUGGGACAUUAAUGGACUGCCAUGACUCCACCACCUACUUCAGUCUUAAUUAAAUAGAGAGCCUACUAAAAGUUCAUUGAAGACAUACAGUGAAGACAUCAGGAAACCACUACAUUAAUGUGUAGUGUUUCUUAUUUGGAUGCAAUACAGUGUCCCAGCAAAGGGAUUAGUCUGAACUUUAGGAAACUUCAUGUUGGAAUAUAGUUAAUUUCUCUUGUCUAUUUUCUUUUGUGGAUAUGAAGGUAUUAAUGUAAGCAGGAAGGUAUUCAACCUUUUUUAGGUACACUGGCCAGAAGGUUCCCCUAUUGUCAAAUAUUGUUUUUACUGUUUUAAUAAUGAAAAAACACAUUUGCACUAUGUCAUCCAAGUUGCUAUUUACCCCUUUAAGUCACAGGUUACAUAACAGAAUUGUAUUGUUGUGUUGAUAAAUGAACAUUUUCAGGAAACAAGCCCCAACACACUGUAAGAGCACAAUUCUUAAAGUUUACUACAGUAAACCAUAAAAGCAUAGAAAAGUGCAGAAAGUAUAGUAAAGCACCAGAAAGGGCGGCGUAUGGUCAGAAAAAUAACAGUAAACUGCAAAACAGGACCUGUAGAAAUGUGCCCAUUCCUCAAUGAUCCAGAACUUAUAUUUGAGCAUCAAAAGAAACAUAUCACUUAUAUGUUGGUAAAAUUCACUAGAUGUGAAAAUGACAAACUCUGUUUUAGAGCAGGUGCAGAGACUUUUUAUUGUGCUGAUUAACAAUUGACAUCACGAAGAUGCUGCCCUAGUCCAGCCUCCAACAUGCCGAUUGCACGAAGGCGCUGCUCUCUUGACAGACGUGGCAUAUUGUUUUUUUUUCUCUGAUUUUCUUUAUUGCUUUUAUUCCAGCUUGCAAUUCAACAGCUGAAAUCACUCCAUAUCCAGUGUCCAAUCAACUGUCUCACUAAUUAGGUGAUUAAGUGCACAUGCUUCAGUCAUAGCCACUCAAGCGUGUCAUGGUCAAGGAUGAAUGAUCGAGUGAUUAAAAAGAAACCAAAAACAUA